AAUGGCUCAUCAUGACGAGCUCGAAUCCUUCAGAAGAGAAUGGAAGAAAGAACUACAAUCGGUCUCGACCAUAAUACCCAGAAAUGAGCCACAGCAGACUAAUUACAAAUCGUUUAAUAUAGCAGAUGAACUUUUGCAGGGAAAUGACUUGGAUGCUCCUAAAUUGUUAAAUAUACAAAAACGUAAAUUAGAAAUAGAUAAUCCUGAACAAAAGAAGAAAAAAGCCCUAGUAGACAUUCUUAUAGAAGAUUUGAAUGAAGGAGGUAUUCCGAUAUUUGAUAUUUCUCUUCCAAAAGAGGUGGCUUUGUGUAUCUUCUCAUUCCUAAGUAUGAAAGACUUAUGCAAUUGUGCUAUGGUCAGCAGAGAAUGGAACUCACUAGCAUCAGAUGAUGUAAUUUGGCAUAAAGUGUUCAUAAAUGAAGGAUUAAAUGAGAAUAUUUUUAGUGAAUUAUCUUGGAAAAAACAAGUUCAAGCUGUUUUCGAAAGAAGAACUCAGUUAAGUAACAAUUGGAGAAUGAGAACCGCACAUCUAACGAGACUUGAACACGCUAGAGGCGGUAAAUUAUUGUGUUGUAAUUCAUCGUCCAAAUAUGUUUGCGCUGGUUAUUCAAACAAUUCUAUUAAACUUUGGAACAUACCAAAUUUAGAGGAAGUUGUUCUUCAACCGUCCGAAAAUUCUCUUAUACUAUUAGACGAUGAUGGACGAGUGUCCAACGUGCCAAUGUGCGUUGAAACAGCUGAAGAAUAUACCGCUGCAGGAUUUUUAAGAGGCAAUGUCGAUAUUUGGAAAAAUGACGCUAAUGGAACAAUGGCGUUUAAGUCAUUUAAUACCAAUUCUACUUUGAAGAAAAUUAAAUUUUCCGAAGAUUAUCUCGCUUGUACAUCAAUGGAUAAAAUAUAUUUUCAUAACUUUCAUGAUAAUGAUCAGCAUCUUACUUUAGAAAAGAAAAUAUCAGAUAUUCUUUUCUAUAAGUCGAACCUUUUCGUUCUUAAUCUGAUAAACGAAAUUCACUUGCAAGAUGCAACUGGAAAAGAUAAGUUUUCCGUCUUAGACCUUCCCCAUGAAUCUUAUGCGGAGAAAUUCGAAGUUCGCCGUGAUAAUCGCCUCGCAUUAGCACUUUUUAUCUCUUUCUCUGGGCAGCCCUAUAGGCUAAUACUUCACGAUAUGGAAACUUGGAAAGAGGUUACUUCACUUUAUGGACAUUCAUCUCGAAUUACUUGCCUUCACUCUGCCGACACUAAUUAUAUUUCAUCGGGAAGUGUUGAUAAGCUCGUACGAAUAUUUGACGAUAGAUGUCCUUUAGGGCCUACAAGCGUUCUUCAGGGACACGUUGGUGAAAUUACAAGUGUACAAAUGGAUGAUUACAAACUAGUGUCGGCCUCAGUAGGAGGAGAUCUUUUUGUUUGGGAUAGGAGAACAAAUAAAAAAUUAUGGGAAUUUUUUAUAAGACAUCCAGUCAGACAUGUAAGAUUUACAGACAGAUAUCUAGUUUGCGCAGAUAUCCCAAGAAACUCUGUAACAAGCGAUGAUGAGAUUGAACACUUAAGGAAUAGAGGUUCAAUAUCGUUAAUGGAUUUUGAAUCAAACGCUGAUAAUGUUUUAGAUAUAUGUCAAAGUUCCUACGACGAACCAAUAGGCUAUAACUAUAACAUAAGACUUGCACUGCCAUAUGAUAACAUCUCAUGA